CGUGGAGAUCGGUUCGGUGUGCUUUACUGAAUUUAUGCAUUGCGGAUAAAACGGCGCAACAACAACGAUUUUUCUAAGACGUGAGGGUGUAGUAGGACGUGUGCGAUAAGAAGCUAAAAGUUUAAAUAUAAAAAUUCGUAUUGGCGAAGCGCGAGCAAACGAAGGGUGCUUAUUCGAAUAGUGCAAGUGUUUUUAUUACAUACAUAAAUACAUACAUAUGUACAUAUCUAUAUACAAAUACAUAUAUGUAUUUGUGUUGUUGCAAAAGCAGCUGACGUGCAAAAUUCAAAAUCAUUGAGUAUUAAUCAUAAAUAAAUAAAACAAAUAAGAAUUGCUAAAGUUUAAAGUGUGCGAUAAGCCCAACGCCGAGGCAAAAGCGAGAGUCAAAGGAAGCGAGCGUGUAGCCAGCUAAGCAGCAGCGUAUAAAAUUUAUCGAAAACCAUAGAAAUCAAGACGUUGACGGAAUAUUGUCGCAAGCCGGUGCAAUACAUUAUCUUCCGACAACACUAGAAAACAACAACAAAUCCGACAAGUGAAAACAAAGUACCAACUGCAGCAUCCACAGCAACAACAACAACAAAAUAAUGGCGAGAAGUUUACGUCCCCUUAAAAUCACAAUAGUCGGCGACGGUAUGGUGGGCAAGACCUGCCUACUCAUCACAUACACACAAAACGAAUUCCCCGAAGAAUACAUACCCACAGUGUUCGAUAACCAUGCCUGCAACAUCACGGUCGAUGGCAAUGAAUACAGCCUGACACUCUGGGAUACAGCCGGGCAAGAGGACUACGAGCGCCUACGUCCGCUCAGUUAUCCGAAUACGAGUUGCUUCCUGCUUUGCUAUUCGAUAAGUAGUCGAACAUCUUUUGAGAAUAUCAAGAGCAAGUGGUGGCCGGAGAUACGGCAUUUCUCCAAUAAUGUGCCCGUUGUGCUGAUCGGCACCAAGUUGGAUUUGCGAGUACCCAAUUCGGAGAAAUUCGUGACGACAAGCGAGGGACGCCGCUUGCGCAAGGAAAUUCAUGCGCACACGCUGGUGGAAUGUUCAGCCAAAAAGAAGAUCAAUCUAAAUCAAGUCUUCGAGGAGGCAGUGAGAGCCGUGGAGAAGAAACCGAGUGCUAAACCGAAACAAUGCACAUUGCUAUAGGCGAUGUCGCAAUGACGUUGGAGAACAAGUGAUGGCGUAGAAAUUGUAAAUCAAAUAGAAACAACAAAAAUUAGUAAAACAAAAAUGCUUGUAAAUCAGAGAAAAACUCAAUUUACGUCUAAUAAUAUAUUUAUGCCUGGAUACUGCUUUUUCGUACGCCUAAAAGUCGACUAAUUUUUGGUGCAGCAAAGGCAAGAAAUUGGCAAUCAGUGUUGAAGCAGAGAACAUAAAAAAAUUGUAAAGUUAAAAACAAGUUUAAUUUUAAAAACAAUUUGAAAUUUAAAAACAAUUUGAAAUUUAAAAACAAUUUGAAAUUUAAAAACAAUUUGAAAUUUAAAAACAAUUGCUUUAUGUUCUCUGGCUGAAGUAGUUAGCAUACAGACGAGUUUGUCAGAUUUAUCUAGUUAGUUGGGCGGGUAGAGAGAACUAUGAGUUCUCUCGCUUUGUUUUAUUAUGGUAUCAUUUUUAUUAAAUAUUAUAAUGUUGUAAAAAAGCAUAUAAACUAUUUUUACAUUUAGUGAUUUAAGCGCAAAAUAUUGUAUACACCAAUAUACAAGCAUAUGUAUGUAUGUAUUUAUUAAUAAUAAAAAUAAAAUAUUUAUCAAUGUAAAAGUAAUUGUGUGCCGAACUUAGUCAAACUGACUCUACAGUUGGAUAACAUAAACAAGAAAUCAAUAACAAAAACAAAAAUAAUAUAUAUAACAAAAAUGCUUUAAAGAAAAUGUAAAAAAUAUAUAAAAUAAUAGUAAAUAUCAAAAAUUUAAGUAAAUACAACGAAAGCGAAUAAAUGCAUGAAACAGCUGUCAACUAGUGAUCACAAACGAAUUGAUCAUAACAUCAUCAAUAUUGAUUAAGCUGCAGUAUUCAGCCAAUAUCACCAGUCUUCUCAGAUUAUCUACAUGUCCACUUGCAAAUAUGAACUGCUUAAAGUAGAAAUUAAAUUAUAUCUGAAGUACUGUUUGGACAUGAAUUAAGACGUCAAAAAUUUUUAUUAAUAAGAUAACAUUUGAAUCCACACCAAAAUUGGUGAAGAAGCUAACUCAAUUGUGUUACAUUCACAAUAACUGUCCGUGACCUUAAAUCAUUAUUGAAAACUUUUAUAACGACACGUAUGUAUGUAUAGUACAAGGUCUGAAACCUAUCCGAAACAAACAGCACACAUAAUUCAAUUAGUUUUACUUGGUAAUAUUUUAAUUUGUCUAGAUAGAAUAACAAGAUGAGCGAGUAUUGGCCAUAAUAAUAUCUAUAUAAUAUGUAUGUGAUUUACAAUUAUAUCACUACAUGGA